GGAUGCCGCUCCGGCCGUGGCCCCUUCGGCGGCGCAGGGCCCUUCGGGGCGCCCAGGCGUUGGCACUGGCUGGGCUGUCUUGGGAGGCUGCUGUUCACAGAGUUGCUCGGGCAGACUUUCAUCUCGGUCGCGCCGCCUCGGGCGGCGGAGGCGGGCGCGGCCGACGGCGCCCCGACGGCCCUCUGGGGCGCAGCGCUGGGUGCGGCCGCAGGGCCCGCGUCGGCGCUCGCGGGCACCUUCACGGACAUGGUCCAGGCGGACAAGGCCGCGGCGGCGGACGUUGGCGGGUCCCCGCUGGCGGCGGUCGGCGCGGUGGCGCUCGUCCUCGGCGGCGCGGCCCUGCUGCUGGGCGGCGACGACGGCGGUGCCGUCAACGACAAGAAGGUGGUCAAGGAUUAUUUCAACAACGAGGGCUUCCAGAGAUGGCAGAAGAUCUACGGCGAAACGGACGGGACGACGUCAAUCCUGUGCAGAAGGAUAUCCGCGUCGGGCACGCUCAGACGGUAG